AUGGACAAUUCUCAAUUUCGAAGUCUAAUUCAAUUCGACCGAAAUGCAACCCCAUCGAGCAGCGGGACCUCCCCGCCAACUUUCAAGAAGCCCGCACUUGGCUCUCGAGCCCGCGCAUCGAUUCCUAUGACGCCUCGCUCCGUAGCGGGAUUCAAUGCCGCCAAAGUAUUCACGCAGCAACUUGCAGAAUAUCGAAAAGAACACGAUGGACAACCUCCCACGAAAAAGUUCAAGUCAAGCGCACCGAAGGGCAGCAAACUCGCCUCUGGCUACCAGGACCGCACCUUGGCUCGACAGACGGACGAGGAGCGUGUGGAGGAACUCGAUGAUAAGGAGAAGCGAGUCAAAGCCUUGGAAGAGAUGUACAAACUACAACAGAUUGACGAGGCUACCUUUGAGAAGCUGAAAAGCGAGAUUGGGAUUGGUGGCGAUCUUAGGAGUACACAUCUAGUAAAAGGCUUGGACUGGAAACUGUUGGAAAGAGUUCGACGAGGCGACGAUGUCAACAGCGCUCCAAUAUCCGAGCGGGGGGAUGCGCCUGCUCAAUUGAACGUAGACGACGAACUGGAGGAAGCCCUGCAGAGAGAUGUGAAGGCGGAGAGGCCGACUUCGAAGAAACCACAAGAUGAAACCCCGGAUGAUCUCCAAGAACCCAUGACACGAGAUGCCAUCUUGCGACGGCUGAAGGAGAGCCGAAGUGGAAUGUCAGCGGCCACCCCUCCAGAACCAGCACUUGGAGCACGGUUCAAGAAGGUGACCUCGGAGAAGCCAAACAAGAAGAAAUUCGUUGAAAUCAUCAAUGGACGGCGCCGAGAGGUGUUACUCAUCGCCAAUAAAGAUGGAACGACGAAGAGGAAGACUCGCUGGCUUGAUAAGGAGGAGGAUGUCCCAAAAGGCGAUCGAAAUCAACCUCUUGGGAUGGAAGUGCCGGCAGAACUCCUAGCGAAGCAACAAGCCCUUCUGGACCAGCAGGCGGGCGAAGAGGAUGAUGAUGAUAUCUUCCAAGGAGUGGCCGAUUACGAUCCACUCGCCGCUAUCAAUAGUGAGUCAGAAGAUGAGGCGGUCGACAAGGAGACGGCGACAAGAGCAGAGACCACCGAGCAGACCGCUGCAUCGACGAGCAACAAGCCACGAAAUUACUUUGCGACAAAAGAUCAAGAAGAGGAAGCCGAUGAUCGCACCAAUCCGAUUCUGAAAGAUCCUACGCUCCUUUCGGCCUUGAAGCGGGCCGCAGGCCUACGAAAAACAGAGGAGACGGGUGGGGAAUCAGCUGUCCAGUCAGAUCCUGAUAAAGCCGCGAGGCAGCAGCAGUUGCUGGCUCGACUGAGAGAACGAGAUAGGGCAGACGCUGCAGAUCUGGAUCUAGGAUUCGGUGAGAGUCGGAUUGCCGACGAGGACGACGACGACGAAGCAGGGUGGGACGAGGGUGGAGGGUCGGCGAAGAAAAGUGGACGGAAGCGUGGUCCAAAGAAACGCAAGGGGGAUAAAGACAACGUGAGCGAUGUAAUGGCAGUGCUUCAAGGGCGUGAAAAGAAGCCCUGA